GCCAAAACCCCACCUGAGCCUUCUUGCCCCCACCAGCUCCCAAGCACAAUGUCGAGCAUUCACCGACUUACGACCCGAUACUUCAACUUCUCUCUUCCUCUCCCCAGCUUCAAUUCGUCUCUGUCCUAUUUUGGCACACAAUCUAGAACAAUUCCAACAGAAAAGAAACACCAAAAAUAAUUCAUCAUGUCUGCUCUUGCCAUCCCCGAGGGCGCCACCAUCGUCCACACCUUCAAGCAGUCCUUUGUCGACGUGCCCAUUGAUGCCGAAAAGGGCAAUGCCAUUGCUACCACCCAGUUCCUCGAUGCUGCCGAGUCCCUGACCACCAUGUUUGACGUUCUGGGCUCUGUUGCUUUCUCCCCUGUCAAGAACGACAUGCUUGGCAACGUCAAGAAACUCCGUGAGCGUCAGCUCGCCGCUCCCGCCGAGUCUGAGAACAUCCAGGACCUCGUCCGCAACGAGCUCAAGACCAAGAAGCACACUGCCACCGAGGGCCUCCUGUGGCUUGUCCGUGGUCUCGAGUUUACUUGCCUUGCCCUCAGCGCCAACGUCGCCAACCCCUCCGAGGAGCUUGCCGACUCCUUCCGAAACGCCUAUGGCUCGACCCUCAAGCCUCACCACAGCUUCCUGAUCAAGCCCGUCUUCAGCGCCGCCAUGAGCGCCUGCCCUUACCGCAACGACUUCUAUACCAAGCUCGGAGCUGACCAGGACAAGGUCUCCACUGACCUGAGGGUCUACCUGGCCGCUCUGGAUAAGAUUGUUGGCAUUCUGAAGGGCUUUGUUGAGAGCAAGGAGGCUAAGUGGUAAAUUUGGCUGGCAUAUUCAAGCGGCCUUGUUAGCACGUUCUAGUACAUAUUAGUAAUUUUACGAAGGAACGACAUGAGGCGAGUAUAUCUUAUUAUUACUUGGGUCAAAUAUACUAGCGUCUUGAAGAUGAAUUGAAAGCUGCGUGUCCUUUGACAUAAUGCAAUUAAGAGGUACUGUUGGAUGCCUAAGAGUGUUGUUAUAUUUGUUAUUGUGAUAUGGAUCUAGCAAGUACCUGAUAGUGGAUUGGUGCUCUGUCGUACAAGAGUCAUGAUAGUGCAGCUUUGGCCGAGCUCUGCCUCGGUAUUAUAUAGAUAUAGACCGAGAAACUGUAAGUCUAUGUCUAACAAGUAGCGUAUCUAUCUUUUACACAAGUAUCUGAGUGUAAAAGAGACUUAGACUCAUUGGCAAGCACUAUUCGUAUCCCGUAGAAUGCGACAAUGAUAGUAAUUCUACUUGCAUAAUGGUGAUAGCCC